AUGUCGCCGCCAUACGAUAACUCGUCGCGAAGGAGGGGCGUGUGGAGUCAUUGGGUGCCCCUCGCUGUCACGGUUACUGUCGCGACAGUCGGGGUGGCUACUUGGGUAUGGAGCCAACGAAAGGAUGAUAAUCAGGUAUCAGAGCAAGACGAUCAUGUCGGUCUGGACUACGAUAAUGCCGAUUACGGCGACAACCCGGCGUACGGCUCCUCGACAAGAGGACCCAAACCCUCGACUGGGGAUUCGAGGGGCCAGACCCAAGGCACCACCCAUCUUCACCCGGAUGCCACCGACGAGACGUGGGGAGCGCGCAUGUCCGGUGCCUUGCGCCGCACGCCGAGCCCUCAACAGUUCUUUGAGCACGCUGGCAAGACAGUAACAGCAGGCGUUGCAGCCGCCGGCGCUGCCGCCGGACGUGCUCUUGCUGCUAUACGCGAGGAAGAUAAGGGCGCCUAUGCUGAUCAUGAGACGUGGUCUGAGGAAGCCAAUGCCCGGAAGGACCGCCCAUCCGACUCCCAGCCUCGGGCGCCGGCGAAGCGGCGCAAGACUGUCGUCAUUGUUGUCUCCGCGGACACGAGCCUGAACGACAUGGACGAAGACGGAUUCCUGGAACACGCGUCGAUCUUGUCGCAUAUUCCACGUUACACAGACUUCUCCAAGUUCAAGGUGUUUGUGUUAAUUUACGCUCCUGGCCUUAAGGAUACAUCAGUGGAGUCAACGAGCAAUCUUCCGCCGCCAUCACUUAGCUCUUCGUUCUCCAAUAUUGAGCACCAGCAAGCUCAGACGCCGGUCGGCGAGUCUUCAAAGAGUCCGGUACUUGAUGCAUCCGCCGGUCCAGCGUUUGGCGCUGUUCAUUCCCAGGCGCUUAGUCUUGUCGAGAAAGAUUCCAUGGUUCUACCUUUCAGUUCGCCAAACGGCUAUGCCCACAUUCUGCGUCAUCUGCAACCCGAAGUUGUGUACCUCCAGGAGUCACUGGCGGGCGACAACGGCAGUGUCGUCACAAACAUGCAGGCGUGGCUCCGUCAUGAGAUUGUGCUCGUAGUCGGCGCAGAAAGUGGCGACGGUGGACUUGCUGACAGUGAGUCGGAGGCAGAGAAGGCAGACGAGAAGUGGUGGCAGCGGCCUGAGAGGGUCGGUCGCGGCAGGGGAGUAGUUGUCGUGGACGGCAUGCGCGUUGGAGAUGACUGGGCCCGCCGCGUACAAGGCAAGGAAUAG